UACUCUCACUCUCACCCCACAUAACACAACCACCAACCAUGUCUCUCUCUUCCCCUUCCCACCGCACCCUCUUCAUCUUCUUCCUUCUGAUCCUCUGCGGUCACACCCACGCUCGCUUCUUCACUCCUCUUGAUCCGGUUUCAGACGGUGGCUGGAGCAGCAUCAUUCGCCUCCCCACGGCGGAGGAAUCCACCUGUGAGCAGACCUACGGCUUCUUACCCUGCACCACCACCGUGCUUGGAAACUUGUUCCUCAUUCUCAUCUAUGGCUUCCUCAUGUUCAAAGCCGCUACGUUUUUAUCCAACGGUAGUGAGCUCUUGCUUGAGAUCUUGGGUCCCGGCAUUGUUGGUGGCUUGUUUCUUCCCAUUCUCGGUGCUCUCCCUGAUGCCAUGCUCAUUCUCGUGUCUGGGCUUUCUGGGAGUAAAGAAACUGCUCAGAGUCAGGUAUCUGUUGGAAUGGGGCUGCUAGCUGGGUCAACAGUGCUGCUUCUCACUAUAAUAUGGGGAACCUGUGUAAUUGUUGGCAAGUGUGACAUUGAGGGUACAAUUGCAAUUGAUUCACAAGACACCCGGGGAUUUAGUUUAACUGGUUCUGGUGUUAGCACUGAUAUUUGGACCAGUUAUGCUGCAAGGAUUAUGGUUCUAUCUAUUGUUCCAUUUUUAAUUGUUCAAUUACCACAAGCUCUCGAUUCAACUUCUGGAAGACACUUGGCUGUUUUGAUUGCUCUUAUCGUCUCUGUCUGUUUAUUGAUUUCUUAUUGCCUUUACCAGAUUUUUCAGCCCUGGAUACAAAGGAGAAAACUGGAAUAUAUUGAACACAAGCAUGUUAUUUUAGGAUUUUUGAAACAUUUGAAGAUGCGUUCAUUAGGAAGGUUGUUGAGAGAAGAUGGUCAACCUGAUACAGAAGUUAUUAAAAAGUUGUUUACAACAAUUGAUGAAAAUAAAGAUGGCAGUCUUACUCAUGGUGAACUGAGAGCACUGGUUGUUGGAAUUCAAUUUGAGGAAAUUGAUCUGGAUCAUGAUGAUGCUGUGAAAAGAAUAAUGGUGGAUUUCGAUACUUCUAAUAAUCAACUUAUUGAUGAAGAAGAAUUUGUUAGUGGUGUCUGUAGAUGGCUUCAAAGGGCCAGGGGUGCUCGAGUUGCAUCCGGUGAUGCUGGUCCACACACAAUGAAGUUUUUAAGUGAUUAUCACACAGAAACAAAGAUGGAACACGAUCUUCUGGAUGUGGGAGUGGGAGGUCAGAGUGAAGAAGUUGCUGAGGGUGUUGAGAAUGCAAGAUGGACUUCAACCAAAGCAGUACUGUUACUGCUACUUGGUGCCAUUAUUGCUGCUGCUUUUGCUGAUCCGCUGGUCGAUGCAGUCGAUAACUUUUCAGAGGCUACAACUAUUCCUGCUUUCUUCAUUUCCUUCAUUUUUCUUCCUUUAGCAACCAAUUCAAGUGAAGCAGUGUCUGCAAUAAUAUUUGCUAGUCGUGAUAAGAGACAAACAGCCUCGUUAACAUUUUCUGAGAUAUAUGGUGCAGUGACAAUGAAUAAUGUGCUUUGCCUAUCAGUCUUCUUGGCGCUUGUUUACGCGAGGGGAUUGACUUGGGACUUCUCUUCAGAAGUGUUGGUUAUUUUCAUUGUUUGCAUUGUCAUGGGUGUCUUCGCCAGUUUCCGCACCGUCUUUCCUCUAUGGACAUCUAUACUGGCCAUACUUCUCUAUCCCUUCUCCCUGGCAUUAGUAUAUGUUCUUGAUUAUGUUUUUGGUUGGUCAUAGACCAAGUAGUGUUUCAUAUGUUUCUGUACUGGUGUGGUUCUUAACCGUCUUGGGGUGUAUGGAUAUUAUAGUUCUUUGUGAGAAACUACAGUGUUGUUGACUUCUGCUUAGUUUGGUGGAAUUAAACAUCCGUUGAGAACGGUUGAGUGGGUACAGUUUUGACUCUGAGCUCAUGAGGAGAGCAAUCAUAAAAAUAAAUCAUUGUUAAAAA